UACAGCUUAAAGGGAUCUGCAAGAUACGAGAAGCAAGAUGGAAGAACAGCUCUGUAUUUAGACGGAAGUAGUGGGGCGUUCGCGGAGACCCCGUCUCUUCCCAUCCAUCGCACAAGCCUAACAAUCGCCGUAUGGAUCAAAAUGAAGAGCUCGGGUGCACAAUAUGUAGUUUAUGGCGACUGGUCUUAUCCUUGGUCAUUUCGAUUGUAUAUUGACCCGAGCGGUCACUUUCGUGCCCAGGCGAGAAAUACAACUGGAAAAGAUAUUUUUAGGUUUUGUACAAGGUAGGUAUCUUCACAUUUUCUUAGUAUUUUUAUGAAUGUCGAUAGUCAUUCGUCCCAUGAAAGGGAAUCCAAGACAGUCUUGGAUUCUGGAUUUCACGUCGUGAAUUGCGGAUACCAGGUACUGGAUCCCAGUCUUUGUCAGUGAAACUUGCAUUCUGGGUUUCAUUCGUUACUGGGAUUCCGGAUUUUUUGAACUUUACUCCAGAUUCCAGAGCCCAGGAUUCCAGAUUUCUCAAGCAAAAUUUUCCCGCAUUCCGGAUUCCAAAAAGCAAAAAUUUCUCGCAUUUCGGAAUCCGGAUCCCUUACACUAUGGGGCGAAGUCAUCUCAUCCAUCUGGAUGAAUAGCUUAUAAACAAGUGUAACUUUUGAUCUGAAGUAAAUUGACGUCGACAAACCGUCGUUGAUUUUAAUUUAUUGGCCUCCCAUACUUAAUGAAUAUUUCAAACAAGUAUGGAUUUUUGAAAACGGCCAACGUAAACAACGAGUGGCAUCGAACUUGUUCGUAUUCAUAACAUCUCUCCAGGCUUUACUAAUCACAGGCUAGUCUCCCACAAAGAUGCCAAUCUACAACCCGCUGGCCAUGCGUACUCAACUCGUUCCAUAGAGUACUCUUACACACAACAGACAGCCAUUAGGGAUUACUACAAGUAUUUCUUCUACCCAAGGACAAUUACAGAAUGGAACAAACUCCCAAGGGAUAUAGCAUUGUCCAAUUCACUGGAUGCUUUUAAAAAUGCAAUUUCAAACAUUUAAUGACACUUUUAUUACUUUGCACUCAUAAGCGCUAUCUCUGUCACUUUUGUUUUCCUUUGUUUGUUUGUUUGUUUAUUUUUUCUAGAGCUGUCUAAAAUGCUCAAUAUUGAGUGAAAGACCUAAAUAAUCAAUGAUCAAUAGGAUCGAGGAGUAUUCCACGAUACGCAAUGAGUAUUCGAACAUAGGGAAAAACGCUUUCCGGGAUGAAAACAAGUUGAUGUAAACUUCCAUUUCGCUGACCUUGAUAUGACUGCUUUCAUGAGAGUAUUUUUUAGUGCGCGAGUGAACUUGAUUCCAUAGUUGUUGGAGUUCGUGAACUGUUCAUUUAAGCAAGUAACCUAAUCAGCUGGGGCGGAACCAGAACCUUCAGAAAAGGGCGGGGGGAUAACUUGCCAGCUUUUUUAUUCUAUUCAUUUUUCCGAGAAUUGUUAAAUUUGAGGAACAAAGUGAGGGGGGAGCAGGGGAGGCUGUCACCUCGAACCACCGCUAAAUCCGCCCUUGCCACUAAAGCCUGGUUUUCAUAUGUCGGGAAAAUCCCAGACGAUGGGGAAUUUUAAUUAUAGCCGACCAUCCCAGAUUUUGCCGAUAUAUCGGAUAAUCGCCAGAAGUCUAUACCAGAUUCUCGAGAGAAGCCGUGUUUAUUUGUGAUAGCAAUUUAGGGGAUUGGUAAUGAGCGAAAUCCAUCGCAGACGUUCCCGACGGUACAAAUUUGAGUCUUCAUUUGUCAGGAAUGAUCGACGACCAUCGCAGAAAUCUGUGACGCAUCGGGAAAAUAGAACGAUCCCGAUUCUCCAGAUUUGUCCCCGUCCAUCCCUGACGAUCGGGAAUAUCUAAGAUUUCGAGUUUUCAUUAGUCGGCAAAAUCUGGGACGGUCUGGAAACAGUAAAAUCCCCGAUCGUCUGGGAUUUUCUCGACAUAAGAAAACCAGGCUUAGAGUGUAUUAUGAAUUCCGUUCUCGUAUCAUGAGGAAGAGAGUCAUGAGGCCUCUUCAACUGGCAUAAAUUUUCAUUACACUCUCAGCCUCAGCCUCAGCCUCAUAUAAAAAUUGUUGAAUAGGUAAACAAGUGUAACUUUUGAUCUGAAGUAAAUUGACGUCGAUAAACCGUUGUUGAUUUUAGUAUAUUGGCUUCCCAUACUUAAUGAAUAUUUCAAACAAGUAUGGAUUUAGACGGCCAACGUAAACAACAGCACGUUAAAGACCUUGAAGUUUAGUUUCGAUAGAAGUAAUGUUUUGUUGAAAAGUUCGCCAUCUUGGAUACGCCAUUUUGAUUUAUUUAAAUCAUGUGACAAAUCCACUCAGUCAAAUAAAUCGAGAUGGAAAAUGAGCUAAAAACGUUUAUGCCACUCAACAAUCCCCACUCAUACAUUGCAGAGACGCUGUUGUAGUUAACAAGUGGACUCACUUGGCAAUGACUUGGGGACGUACACAAGGUACCGUGAGGCUUUUCAUGAACGGAGAGAUGAAAGUCAGUAAGAACGUAACAAGCAACUCGAAGGACUUCAUGAAUUCAGGCCAUUCAGUGUUCGACAUUGGCUUAAAGAGAGAUACAGGAACCACAGCACAUGCCUACUUCAGUGACCUCAUGGUGUUUAGCCGCGAGCUGCGAUUUUCACCCAUUAAAAAUGUGAAUGAGAUAAAAGAAUAUCUUGUUCUUAAACACCCACUG